AUGACUUCCAUCUUCGCUCCGGGCAACACGGCCGUCAUCACAGGUGGCGGUGGGGGCGUCGGUCUAGCCAUCGCCCAGAAUUGUGUCGGCCACGGCAUGCAAGUCCUAGUCAUCGAUCGCGACACAGAGCUUCUGGAAGCCGCCAAGGUUAACCUGGGCGAGGCCGCAACCACCUUUGAGCUCGACGUGGGCCAAACCGACGGCUGGGAGAAGCUCAAGGCAGAGACCACACGGUGUAUCGAUCUCUUUGUUCUCAAUGCUGGCGUAGGAGGUAAGUCCAACUGGCAAGACCUGGACAGCUUCCGCCGAAUUCUUGACACCAAUUUGUACGGCGUCAUCAACGGCAUCGGCAGCCUGCUACCUCUCGUAGGCAACGGGCAGUCGACCAAGUCGGCCAUCGUCAUCACCGGCUCCAAGCAGGGCAUCACAAAUCCGCCGGGCAAUCCAGCAUACAACGCUAGCAAGGCGGCUGUCAAGAGUCUCGCUGAGCAUUUGUCCUUCGAUCUGAGAAACACGGCCACCUCGGUGCACCUCCUGGUCCCUGGUUGGACAUUCACCGGACUCUCCGGUUCAAGGUCUGGCGCAGAGAAGCCGGCGGGCGCGUGGACCGCCGAGCAGGUCGCCGAGUAUCUGGAGCAAAAGAUGGCCGUAGGGUUGUUCUAUAUCCUCUGCCCGGACAACGAGGUAACGGAGGAACUGGAUCGCAAGAGAAUGCUCUGGAGUGUAGGAGAUGCCGUCGAGGGACGGCCGCCCCUGAGCAGGUGGCGUGAGGAUUACAAAGAGGCAGCACAAGCAUGGAUUGCCAAACAGCAUUGA